GUCGAUCCCCGUCAAUCGGGACGGAGACUCCGUUCCCCAAGGGGUAGAGAUAUCUCUCAAUCUCUUGUCUAUAAAUACGGUAACGACGCCGAUUCUCUCCUUCCCUCACCUUCCUCUUGGGAAUUCACGACUGCGCUUUUCCAUUCUUGCCGAUAGGAUGAAGGUCAACGGCGUCUUGCUCUUGUUACUAUGCUUGGGUUCAGCCCUAUCAGCUGUUAUUGCGACGCCACAAACAUGCCCGGCGAACCUCGAGGCGAAAUGUAAUGAUGCUUCUUCAGACGAUUGGGAAGGUGAAUUCUUUCCUGGAAUUCCCAAGAUCAAGUACGAGGGUCCUGCUAGUAAAAACCCACUUUCUUACAAGUGGUAUAAUGCUGAGGAAGAGAUUCUUGGAAAGAAAAUGAAGGACUGGUUUAGAUUUAGUGUUGCCUUCUGGCAUACAUUUCGUGGGACUGGAGCUGAUCCUUUUGGUGCCCCGACAAAGUCAUGGCCAUGGGAAGAUGGCACAAAUUCAGUGGCUAUGGCUAAAAGAAGAAUGAGGGCCCAUUUUGAGUUCAUGAACAAGCUAGGAGUUGAAUUGUGGUGCUUUCAUGACAGAGAUAUUGCCCCUGAUGGUAAAACAAUAGCGGAAGCCAAUGCGAACUUGGAUGAAGUUGUUGCUGUUGCUAAGAAACUUCAGGAGGGGAGUAAAAUUAAACCACUGUGGGGUACAUCUCAGUUGUUCAUGCAUUCACGCUACAUGCAUGGAGCUGCUACUAGCUCAGAGGUUGGAGUAUAUGCCUAUGCUGCAGCUCAAGUCAAGAAAGCUAUGGAGGUGACACACUAUCUGGGAGGAGAAAACUAUGUUUUCUGGGGUGGGCGAGAAGGAUACCAAACUCUCCUGAACACUGAUAUGGAAAAGGAGCUUGAUCAUCUGGCAAGAUUUCUACAAGCUGCAGUCAACUACAAGAAGAAGAUUGGGUUCAAUGGAACUCUACUAAUAGAGCCUAAACCUCAGGAACCUACAAAACAUCAGUACGAUUGGGAUGCUGCAACUGCAUUUGCUUUUCUACAGAAAUAUGGCCUUGUAGGAGAAUUCAAGCUGAAUAUCGAGUGUAACCAUGCUACUCUAUCUGGUCACAGCUGCCAUCAUGAGCUUGAAACUGCAAGAAUAAAUGGAUUACUUGGAAAUAUUGAUGCUAACACUGGUGACCCCCAGAUUGGUUGGGACACAGAUCAGUUCCUUACAGACAUUGCAGAAGCAACUUUGGUUAUGCUAAGUGUGGUUAGAAAUGGAGGACUUGCACCUGGUGGAUUCAAUUUUGAUGCAAAAUUGAGGAGAGAAAGUACUGAUGUUGAGGAUCUGUUCAUUGCUCACAUAUCUGGUAUGGACACACUGGCUCGUGGACUCCGUAAUGUUGCGAAGCUGAUUGAGGAUGGUUCUCUGGAUGAGCUUGUGCGCAAGCGCUACUCAAGUUUUGACUCAGAAAUUGGGGCUCUUAUUGAAGCCGGGAAGGCUGAUUUCGAGACGCUUGAAAAGAAAGCCAUGGAAUGGGGAGAACCAUCUGUUGCCUCUGGGAAGCAGGAACUUGCUGAGAUGAUAUUCCAGUCAGCAUUGUAGAUGACAAAAGGAACAAGCAGCAAAUAAAGUGGUCCAUAGUAUUUAGAUGUAGGCAAGGUUCAUCACCAGUUUCAGGAAGUAGUUCGUGGUGGUGGCAGAUAGCUUCCAACUUUUGUUAUUGAGAUAAAAAGACAGUUUGUAGUGAAUCACUUUCCAUUGCCAUUGAAGAACUGUAUAACUCAGUAUGUAAAUAAAACUGCAUUUGGACCAUCAAAACGACCAACUCAGAAAAUAAUGAGUUUAUUUUCCUACUCUCA